AUGGCGAACCGCCCGGGCUGCAUGUAUUCGCUGCGCCGCUUUGAUCUGUCCCGCAACCAGUUUUUCUACUCAACACCGGAAGAAGUAGCUUUACAUGGGCGAGUCCUGCCGCCGAUACAAAGAGAUUCUUCAUCAUCCCUGAGCAAGGCCAGCGGCAGGGUCAAGAAGCAGCAAGCCUCAGAGAUUCGGACGAUUCGGUUGCCGUCACCACUCGUCAACAUGCGGCCGGCGCCAUACCCGAAGCCUAAGUCCGACGAACUCAGACUGGAUGUGUUCGCUCUCUCGGAACGCAACAUCGUGUUCGCAGACCGCCAAAGACACGUCUUCACCUACGACACUGACUCGGAAUGCUUGGUCACCAUGCCCAACCUCCACGCUCCCAAGGUUGAUCCAUUGGCCAUCUCUAUUCCUCGUCCCGGAGGUGGUGAAGGCAGCCUCUACAUGAUCGAGAGGCUGCUAUGUCCUGGCAAGAGCUUCCAGUUCGAGGCCCUUGUGUCCGGCCAGCACUACAAUGAGUCCCAUCCCUGCAGGACCUGGCAAUGUGACGAGCUCCCGCUGCCGCCACUGGAAGAAGAAAUAUUCAUCGACUCCUGUGCAGUGGUGGGCAACGUCAUCUGCAUCUCUGCAUCUGGCUUUGGCAGCUACUGCUUUGACACGCUGAGCCACUCCUGGAGCCGUGUUGGUGACUGGGUGUUGCCCUUCUUUGGCACCGCGUAG